AUGUGGGACGCCUCUUCAGGUGAAAGUCGCGGUGGAGCGGGGGCGGGGCCAACCGCUAUAACGGGCCUGCAAUUAGAGGGCAGGGUGGGUCCGGGGACCGAUGCCCUAUCAAGGUCCCGGUCAGGUACCAGCAACGGUAGCGGUGGUGCCGGCGGUGCUGCUAUUAACGGCCAUGGACAAGGUGGCAGUGGUGGUGCAGGCGCAGUUGGUGCAGGUGUUGGUGGUGCAAUUGGCCGUCGGACGAGCAGCCUGAAAACGACGGGCAGCCCUCAAAAGAAGUUGACGCCGCCGCCGCAGCUAGGCGAGAGGAAUCUCCUCAGGUCUGGCUCUGUUUCUGUCUCUGCUUCUCUCUCUUCCGUCACUGGCUCUGUCACGCGCGAACGCGAAGGACACCUUGGAGGAGCUCAUCCCUACCACCGCCAAUCAUCCACUUCAACAUCCCAGCAGCCACAACCACAACACCAACACCACACGUCAACUUCGACAUCAUCCUCGACGACAACGCAACAAAUCAGGGUACAUCUACGACGAGGAGGAAGCGCCGGUCCACACCAGCCCCAGCAGUACCAACCCGUCCAGCCAUAUCAGUAUCAGGUCCCCGGACGAGAACGAGGACCACCACCAGCUCCAACAUCCGGAGCUGCAUCUCGAAGUCGAGACACCAUUGCCAACUACAACAGGCUCUGUCGCGAGACCCAGCACAGCUCCACGAGCACUUUGCACCACCAGAACUACUGGCCCGAUAACUUUCGCAACCCCCGCGGCGGACUCGGCAUCGAGCACAGCAACAACGCCACCAGAUCCAAUUCAAUAGCGACGAAUCCGAGAAACGACAACCAACCACGAACCGGUGGGAUCCAGAAAUUGGCCCUUGAAGAGAGUGGUGUUGCUGAAGAGUGA